UUGUUAUUUUGUAUGCGCGGUGUUGUUAAGUGUAAGGUGGGUUGCUUACCAUAUCGCCAGCUGAUUCAUAACAAAACAAUGAAGAAGUUAUAACGGAUCAAACCUCUAAAGUUUUAAAAUUCCUUUCAAAUCUCCUAAAAAUGGCUGUGUUUUCCGCGGAAAUGAGUGAAAUCAACAUCGUGCACAAUGUGUUGAAGGCUGUACCGACAAAUGAUUAUGCAAUUGUCAGACCUAUGGAGGAAGGUUUAAAAAUUGUGAUUGAAAAUUCCAAAUCCAGUGAAAUAGCAAUCUAUUUACCCUCAGAGUUAUUUUCUCACUAUCAUAUUGAUAAUGAAGCAGAUGUUAUGUUUAAAAUACAGUUGAAAAGAUUUAUUGAUUGUUUGCAUAUUUUUGGUGAUGAGGGAAAUCCAAGUAUGAAACUUUCCUAUCGACAAGAAGGAGCACCAUUUAUUUUGAUUAUCAAACACAGUGAAGAAAACAUCAUAGUUGAUUGUGAAUUUGCUACAAUGACUGUAGAUGACUAUCAGGAGGUGUAUUUACUUGAAGAAUGCAAUGAAAACACUAUUGUGUUCAAUGGGGAUGGUCUGAUUGAUGUUUUAAGUGAUAUAGAUAUAAGUUCAGAUGACUAUGAGGUCACCAUAAGUAAUAACUUGCCUAAUUUUCAGUUAACAACAAAUAGCAUACUGGGUCAAUCAACGAUAAACAUUCCGAAAGAAUCAAAAGUAGUCGCGAUAUUCAAUUGCAAAGAAGAGUUUCAGGCGCGGUACGACUUCAGCACAUUGCGCAACAUCAUGAAAGUAAUAAUGCUCGCUAGUAAAAUAUCUCUCAGCACCGGAAAAACAGGUCUCAUGGGGCUCAAUAUGAUAAUUCAACAUGAAGAACAUCGCGUGCACAUUGAAUACUUUUUUACUGCGCAGUUUAGCGACGAUGACACAAUGUGAAUUCAAAUGUAAUUUGUAAUUAUUAUUACACUUAGUCAUAAGACACGAACGAUAAGAUUAAAUACGCUGUUUAUGGUA